UUGCUUCAAAAUCAUGCAUUUAACAUUGAAAUGGGGAAGGUGAGAAGUUAUUUUCCAAAGGAAAGAGCAAACCUAAAGUUUUCUUGAAAAGUCUCAACUAUUUUUGUCCGGGAUUGUAGUCUUCAUUUACUCGAAAAAGAGCACAUAGACAAGAGCCAGUCGUUUUGUUUCUGUGUGGUACCAUGUGAAUUGUUUGCGAUUUUGCAUCAUAGACAAAUUUAAAUUUGUGGCAAGUGAUGAUGAUAAUCAUUAUUAUAAUUAUUUCAAAGACAAUUUAACCAUUAUAUAAUUUACUUUGGUUCUCGCCACUUCAGCAAAAGUGCCGUCAUAAAGAGUGCCUUGCCGAUGCCAUUGAUGCAAACUUUCUUGAUUUGAUGUACAUUUCGUAAUUUCAUUUCACUAAUUUCAUCAGCCAUAAUGAAUGUGAAGGUAAAGGGCAGGCUUGAUUAAUUAAAUCUAGUGGUUCUGUAAUUUAGACUAGUGGACGUAUUAAGUCACGGUAUGUUUGACCUGCCAUUCUAUUCAAAAUGUUGUUUCGAAACUAUGCUUGUUUUGCAUGUAACCUCUCGCUAGAAUUUGUAGUUUGUUGUCACAAGACUAAGACUUAAACCCUGAGUUAAUAGCUUUAUUUUUUACCAUAAACGAGUAUCAAUGUUUUCUAUUUCUCACAAAUUGUGUAUUACGAAUAAACAUAUUUUUCUUUCCUUGAAACAGGGAAUAAUUACAGAAACAGUUAGGUAAUUAUUAAAUCGAUAAUUUCCGUCUUUAAAUGAUAGACGUUUUUCUGGUGCGACUAACUCGCUCUGAGCAUACAACCAGCAUGUUUCUAAUCACAGUUGUUUUAUAACGCUAUAAGAAUAAAUCUAGUUUUUGCGGUAAUCACUUUCUUUACAUUUCCUUGCAAAAAAUCUUCAACACAGCGAUAAUUCAACAUUGCAGACAUGUCGGGCAAAAAUUUGCACAGGAUGAACGGUUCGAAAGAAUCUUGUAUACAUUCCCCUGCGAGAUUUGAUUUGUUUUAAAGGCAUUCUGGACAAAUACCUACCCAAGAGUAUGAUUUUCGUGGCAUGCAGAUGGUCUCUUGAGCAUCCAAUCAUACCUUCAUCCAACUACGACCAAGUCUGAUAGAGAGUCAAACUUGGCUUUAGCAAGGAUGGCAAAAGGGUAACGCAUAUUAUCUAUAUUGAUGUAGCCCUUGUAUGUAAAAGGGAAGCAAUUAUUCAUUCGUUGACAUCAAACAGCAAGUAUGUUUAAAGCCUGGUUUCCAAGCACGGAGCGUUGGAGCGAGAGUGAGCGAGCUCGGGGGAUGUUGUCACAUGAAAAUGGUAUGCCGGAGCUGCUGCUCGGUUUCCUUUCCUUUCGUACUUAUUUUUUCGUUAGAAAAGGUUACUCAGGACAAAGAAAUUGAAGUUACGUAAGAUUUAAGGGCCAUAUUAUCGAAAUGUGGGGCAUCUGUGAGACGGCACUAAGAAAAUGUUUUAUUACUACAUUAAUUCGGAAGCAAAAGUGCUAGAAUGUUUCUUUCAAACUGACUUUUUAUAUAUGUUGUUUGCCCUGAGGAGUUUAGCUACGUUAAGACUAGCUUCUUCACUUUCUGUACACCCCUUUUUAAAGGACACGUGAUCUAUUAGCCGUUGAACUACAUAUGACAAAGUUUCCACUUUUGUUAGCAAAACAGAGUUAACUUCAUUAGGUAGUUCUAAGAAUGUCAAGAGUCACUGAUAUUUAGUGAUCUUAGAACCAGUUUACAGCCUACAGUUCAAUUUGAAAUAAGAGCAACAUUAAGAACACACGAGGAUUUAAUCAUUUAAAGUUUAAUUGCUUGGCUCUUACACCGCGGCUAAAAUUAUUUGGCUAUGAUAAAAAAUUGAUUGUAUUGUUUGAACACCCUCGAAAAUGGAUUUUUAAGAUUCAAAAUGAAUUGAGAUGUGAAUCACAAAAAUAGGAACAUUUGAACCCCUGUGGUAAUAAACAUUUUGUCGCCGUGUACCUCGUUGCACACGCCAUUGCUAAUAAUUAUUAUGUCUAAAGUUUGUUUUACCAAUUAAAAUUUCUUCAUGAUACAAUGAAAAUACUGAACCUUUAUUUAUUUGAGUUUAUGUGACUUGCCAGACUGUUUUGGGAAACCUGUUUUUGUGCAGAUAUAGGCUGAAUCCUGCAUGAGUAGAGUAUUGUUUACAUUUUGGACAGAUGUAAAUAGAUAGCGCUAAAAGCUCAUUUCUUUUGUAAAAAUGAAAAACGUUUUCUGUUCCUAAGCCUGUUUCGUAUGUCAACAGUUGUUUCAUUGUAGGAUUUCAAUAAGGAAAUUGUUGCAUCUUGAACUUUUCAAUCAAAAUGCUAAGUUUUGUGUUCCAACUUCAAAUUCUUUGCUUUCCAAGCGAGUUUAAUUGUGCUAUGUUGGGCUAAGAUAAGCCAAAAUUUAUGAGUUAUCUAAGUUUUGCUUAUCAAAACAAUUGAAAAUUCUCCAAGUCUUUUGUCAAAGCAGAUAGCUUGGAGAAAAACUGCAGUACCUAGAAUUCGCCACUAUGAAUGAUUAAUUUACUUCUCGAAUUCAACAGCACGACAAUAUCUGCUAUGAGGCAAGUGUGGGAGAGAUACCGGAAAAUUUUAAAGCCUUAACUCUCUUGCAUAUCUGCAAGAGAUAACUACAGACAAAAGGAUUGGUAAGUCUGGAUGUACUUCUAUCUUGUAGCAGCUUAAAAUCAGCCAUUAGCGUUUGUGUUUACAACAAUAGUAUUUCAUGUAUCAAUACACCAUUGAGGGCGAAGCCAUUUAAUGCUGCAUCGUGCAUCAACUUAAAACGGAAAGCACCCAUCAGAAAGGAAGAAUGCUUGACACCAUUCACACGUUCAUAGCUCAUCUAUUUAUCUUUGUGCAAUCUCCGCGAGCACGCGUCGUGCGCAGAAGCCAUCUGCUACGGCCGAUUCCCCCGGUUUCGCAAAGCCAAUGGAACUGCGUGAUUGACCGCCCCUUUGUCCGAAAUUCGCAAGGAGUCAGCGAACAGGUUGAUCUUGGGAAAAAGGCUUUGAUACAACGAAGAGACACACGGGCGCUGUUGCUCCACUGAGAUGUUUGAUGUGACCGCGGAAAAGUUAUUGCAAAAGCGGAGUCUGAUACUCUCUUCUUAAACGGUCACAAGGAGACUUAGCUUAUUCAUACGGUAGUUUGACGAUUUCUACUACUUAAGAGGAUUUCAUACACUUUUUCUGAGGCUAUGAAAAAUGAUCAGCUGUUUUUGGUGGGAGCAAGCUGAUUAAAGAAGGUAACACUCAUUUGGAUUCAGAAAAUCUUCUACAGCUGAUCCCCUCUGCAGAAACUUGUAAAUUCCAAUGGAUUCGAGGAUCGUAAAAUCAACAAGACUUUUGCUAUGCAUUUUGCUUCAGCACAUAUGGCUUCUGGACCAGCAGCAAGUUUCUGCCAUGCAAGCUGAGAUGAUGACGUUUAAUGGAAGUCAACAUAUUGCCUACCCGAUACCACCCCACGAAACGGGAACAACCAGUGAUCGCAUUUUGCUUUCUUUUAAAACUGCUGAGCCCUAUGGUGUGUUGCUUUACAGCAGCAGUACGCAAGGGGACUUCGUUUCGUUGGAAAUAAUCCGAGGAAAACUGAGUUAUUCUGCGGACUUAGGCUCAAUCGGAGGCGAAAGUGGCUACCAUCAAGUCAUUGUUGGUGAUAAUGUGGCUGAUAACACGUGGCAUGAUGUCGUCAUCAUCCAAGAAGGUAAAAAGGUGACAGUGAAGCUAGAUGAAGAAACCAAGUCUAUGGUUGCACCUGGCCAAUUUGAUCGCCUGGAUCUUGAUAUUAUGUUCUAUGUUGGAGGAAUAGACAGAGCAGAGCAGAAAAGACACUUGGAUGAAUGGCUGCCAGACACUAAAAACUUCAAAGGCUGCUUGUCCAAUGUCAAGUUUCGUUCGCGUGAUAUUCUGCACAGUGCAAGGUUUAAGCUUCUGAAUACCAAGAUUUUUGGCGAGGUUUCAUUCCAAUGCCAUUCAAUCUCCUACUCCCCUUUGAGUUUUACUAGAAGCAGUUCGAAAAUUCUUCUGCAACGAGAAAAGGAGACAGAUGAAACUGUCCUGGCAGCGCGGGUCCGCACAUUUGAGGCAAAUGGGAUAAUUGCAACUAUGGCUACAACCAAAGGUCAUGUAACACUUGCAAUAAUCGGUGGAAAGGCCUUCUUGAACAUCACGUUCAAUCAACUUAUUGGGCCUGAAAAGAAAAUCUCGGUUUCACUUGGAAAGUUGGAUAAUGGUGAUUGGCAUGAUAUCGAGAUUACCAUUAUGGAGAAGAAAAACUCAGCAAAGUUGCAAGUUGGAGGACAGACAAAAGUCUACAAUUUUCAGCGUCAUUUUGAGCUCCUUAAAGAGCUCGGACCAUUUACCAAGACAGUCCGGCUAGGCGGACCAACUAUUAGUCAUCCGGGAUUUGUUGGCUGUCUGCAGAAUAUUCGUCUGGAUGGCGUAAAUGUCACGUGGGAUAGUCUCCGUCCUGCACAAAUGAAUGAAAUAUCAAAUUCUUGUAUCCCGAAAGAUCUUUGCUUUCCGAGUCCUUGCUUGAACUCUGGCAGCUGCUCCCAAGACCAUGGACAAUUUUAUUGCAAGUGUCCAAAAUCGUUGUUUAAAGGCAAACUCUGCGAACACUCGAUUUACAAGCGUACAUGCGAUGAAAUUAAGAAAGCGGGCAACACAACGAGUGGAACUUAUCGAAUCAGUCCAAAUGGAGUUGACUCGUUCAAUGUUUAUUGUGACAUGUCACAUGAACUUGGACCAGCCACAGUUAUCCAGCACAACCUGCCUAAAGACUCGCGGGUAGCUGAUGUUGCACCUUUGGGCUCCAACUACAUAUAUCGUAUAAAGUACCCUACAGGCAAACAAUCAGCUGUAGAUGUUGCCGAUGCAAGUGUUAGCUGCAGACAGUUCAUAAGGUAUGACUGCUUCGAGUCAAAGCUGCUUGAUUCUUUGCGAAGAUACAAGAGCGAGCACACUCGUGGCGGAAGAUGGGGUUCAAGAAACGGAAUCCUACAGACCUACUGGGGAGGCGCGAAGCCUGGAUCCAAAUCCUGUGGGUGUGGAAUGCCUGACAAAAGAAAUUGUGCUGCAGAUCAUCACCUAGACUGUAAUUGUGACGUAGGGGAUCGACAAUGGCGAAAUGACGAAGGUUAUCUCACAGAUAAAGAUUCUCUCCCGGUAACUAUGGUUCAAUUCAGUAUCGAUCAGCAAAAAGGCCGAAGUCAGAGGUCCUUCUUUACUGUUGGUCAAUUGGAAUGCUUUGGCACGGCCCCAUUGCCAACCACAACACCAGUGCCUACGUCGUCAUUGACAACACCCACGAUUACAAAGAAAACCUCGACGGUUAAAACCACAAAGGGCACCACUAAGAUUCAUACAGAAAAAACAACUCCUCAAAAAAUUAUUGUUAGUGUUUUCCACUCUGAAAUGCCAACUUCCACUAUGAUGGAUUCGAACAGCAGUUCAUGGAAUGCUAGUUACGAUACAGCACCAGUCAGUAAUCAGGACGAUCUCUUUCCUAAGCCCUAUUUAGUUACGAUUGUUGUUAUCGGAACUCUUCUUUGCAUUUUGCUUAUAACUCUUGUUGGCGUGCUAUUCAAAGCAAAAGUUUCAGGGUUGCUUUUCAGAAAAUCGUGUCCACCAAAGCCACGCGUGGAGAUCGAAGAAUAUGAUCCUAGGUCGAGUGUGAUAUCGUCCGAUUGGGAGUUCCGAAUUGGGACAUCAUUCCCGACAAGUACGCCAGACGAGUCUACGACAACAUCUGAAGAAGACAUGCGCGUUCGAACACUUGAGGACGUGCGUGGGAGGAGAAAGUAUGGUCGACUAGGAACAUGGGGAAGUCGUACCGCGUCAGCACCAACACUCGGUGGUAGGAUGAGAAACUCGCGAAUUAGCAUAACGGAUAGGCGUUGCGCCAGUAGGCAUUCUGCAAUACUCGGUAACGCAAACUGCAACGACCGUGACGAUGCAUCAAGCCAGCCGUACGAAACGUCCUCGGACUCAUCAAAGUACACAAUGAAGUCAACAACAAACACGUCCAACAGCAACAGUUCAAGAUUCAGUACGUGUACAGAGCAAGGAACAGCCAGUGACUGCGAAUCUCUAAAGGAUGUCAAGGGUGCAAGGGAUGAAUUGAGUGCAGAUACGCUGAAACGCAACGCACGAAAUGAAUUUGAAAUUGACGGUAGAGUCGAUUCAAUGUCGCAAGCUACAAAUGUCCAUAUGCCUGAUGUGAAAUACGCGAAUUUUCAGUCACUUGGAAACAGGCCAGAAGACCCUAGAUUCAACGGAAAUGUGUUCGUUCCAGGUAAUUACAUGAAAGUAAAUGGGCUUUCGGUGCCGUUGACGUCACAAGAUGGCGUCAAUAAACAAUAUUAUCCGCAAGUAGCCCCAAAUAGUUACACGCACCGACCUCACAUUAGAAGGAUACCACAGCCGAUGUCUCAUCCGGAAUACGGUACCCAUCUACAGCUUAUGAACACAAUCGGCCGCUGCUAUUAUCCUUCACAAAUAGGCCGGUUUAUGCCAGUAAGCAAACGACCUUUCACAUCUGAUGGAAUGCCGUUUAUGCAGCAAACGAUACAAGAAGUUGAUGUUGCUGAGGAGGAGCAAGAUGUUGAAACGAAUCUCAUUGAAGAUACCCUACCUACUAGGAAAAACAGUGGUAGCCAUUUACUAGGAAAUGGGACUUUUAGACAUGAAUUAGGGAGCGAAUAUGCAGGAGAGAACCAAGAAGGUCUUGCGCUGCUCCGUAGGCAGAUAAUAGAGAAAGCGACUACCUUAGAUGAUGCUGGUAACACGUAAAAUUUGCUUCAAAUGAAAUGGACAGCCAGUAACGCUGAAUCCUGCUCUGAUUCUUGGUAGAUUAGGUGUGCGAGGAAUAGAUUUGAUCUAUGGGGACAUUCCAGAAGUCAAGCUAAAGCCUCACUGUAGAACAAAGAUAUGCAGUAUGUUUAUUCGCCAAAACGGCAAGGGAAUGUACUGUGCUACGAAUGAAAAAUGCUUCUAGAAUUGCCAGGUGGAGAGACUGGAAGCCAUUUGGAUGAACAUUUCAAAGUGUAUUCCACGAAAAUGAUGACGUAGGGAACCAAUUUAAAACAGCUAUUACUUUGUGGAUACUCAAUAUCUAUCAGUUACUCUAAAAUAUUUGUCUGAAUUUCUGCUAUAUAAAGGCGAUACUUGUAAAAGCU